CUCACGUUGAGCAGUGCUAGGCUCUCAGGCAUUCACAUUUAUAGCCCCCUAUUCUUGCCACUACGUUGUUAUUCAUAAUUUCAUCGCAUAGUCGGUUUUAUUUUUUAUUUUAACCAGCUGUAACGUUACUGUGAAAGCAUGACUACACCUACGGAGAUGACGACCGUGUUCUACACCACAAUGUCGUCCCUGAACGUGAACGCGACCGGCGUCCCGGAUGCGGAGCAGAAUGUCACGGCCUGUGAGAACUGGGAGGAGGCCCACCACCUGCUCUUCCACCUGGGGAACGUCUGCGUAGCCCUGGGCCUGAUCAUCCCCACUACCCUGGGCAUCCACAUGAUCCUGCUGCGCAUCAUGCUGAUGGCUGGAUGUUCCCUCUUCAUCGCGUGGGCUACGCUGUACAGAUGUGCGCUGGACAUCAUGAUCUGGAAUGUAGUCUUCCUCAUAGCCAACUUCAUGCAUUUCUUCUACCUGCUGUACAAAAGGAGACCGAUUAAGAUCGACAGGGAGCUGAAGUCCGUGUACAAGCGCAUGUUCGAGCCCCUGCACGUGCGGGAGGACAUGUUCCAGAGGCUGACGGGCCAGUUCUGCACCAUCCAGACGCUGAAGAAGGGCCAGGUGUAUGCGGCCGAGGACAAGACGUCGGUGGACGAGCGGCUGAGCAUCCUGCUGAAGGGGAAAAUGAGGGUGUCUUACCGUGGUCACUUCCUCCACAACAUUUACACCAACGCUUUCAUCGAUUCUCCAGAGUUCAGAUCCACUCAGAUGAACAGGGGGGAGAAGUUCCAGGUAACCAUCACAGCUGAGGAGAACUGCAAGUUUUUGUGCUGGUCCAGGGAGAGGCUGACAUACUUCCUGGAGUCAGAUUCAUUCCUGAACGAGGUCUUCAGAUACCUCAUUGGCAAAGACAUCACCAACAAGCUGUACUCCCUCAACGACCCCACGCUGAGCGACAAGGCAGUGAAGAAGAUGGACAGGCAGCCCAGCCUGUGUUCGCAGCUCUCCAUGAUGCAGAUGAGAAACAGCAUGGCCAGCACCAGCGACACGGACGACGUCCUCAACCAGUUCCUGCGUGGCGGCUCUGCGGGGUCCUCGCUCCAAAAGUCCCCCAUGACCAAGGCCUCAGGAAAGAUGAAGCCCAUUGAAGAAGGUAUGGAAGAUGAUGUCUUUGAGCCAGACUCCCCAACUAAUAAGAGCCCCGCCCCCAGGACGUCCAAGGAAGACUUGGAAAAGGUGUAGUGUUCCAUUUUAGAUUCGCUACUCUCCUGGGCAGAGGGGUACUCUUCCUUACCCCCACCACCGCCCAUAACCCACAAAGCCUCAGAAAAGCACAUACUCAAGACAGAUAAGAAUGCUGACAUAUUAACAUUCUUGUCAAACUCAGACCAGAAUCUCAGAAAAUGUUUCUUUUCCCCUCUGCUCUGUUGUCUUUUUUCAUUUGCAUUUACUACUCAGUGAAUAUUAUUGCAAGCCUGCUACCACCACAAACACACUUGAAUUCAGUGGAUAUUUGAAUUUAAUUAUCAUAAUAUAAUGUCAUGUUAUCGGGUCUUGUGGCAGGGUAGGUCAUCCACAAAGUGAUUAAUAAGAUAAAAAGGCAGUAAUAUUUAUGUAAGGACCACACAGUGAGCCAUAGGGAGAAAAGAUGAACUUCUACAAAGUUGAAAUUUCCCCAUGAAAAGGAUGGCUGUAAAUAUAUUCACACUACCAGGGUUACAGUGAACAUGUCUGCCCCACCAACCCCUGAUCCGUGUUUGUAAAAGCUAUUACAAAGUAUUUAAUGGAGCCAGUGUUCCUACUGCAACUUCAGUACAAGCCUAAAUACAGCUGGUAUGCUGAUGAGAUCAGCCUUCGUAUAAGAGAUUUAUGAGUGACGAGUUAUCUGAGGUCUUCUUUGUAUCCACAGAAAGACCACUAGCAGUCGGUCGCCUUUUGUUUGGCACUGAACUCCCAGGCAGAGACUAAGGACAAACACAUCUUCUUAGCAAUUAGUUCUGCUGCUCACUCACAGUUAGAUACACGAUAGUGGAAGGAGUGGCUGGCUCCCAUUCUCGGCUGUGGUCAUCUGCUCACAUUCCCUUGGUCUCUGGGCAGGAGGUGGACAGUGGAGUCUCAUCUUAAUUUGAAAUUCCAACAAGUUUUGGUCUUCUUUCAUUACAACCCAUUUUCAUUUUUUCUCCCCACAAAAUUUAGGACAACUUAAAAGAGAACACUGGGUAAAGGUGCCUUAAUAAUAUCAGCAACGAUAAUAAUGGCAACAUUGUAGUAUUGUAUUAUGUUGCACAAACAUAUGAUGGAGUAUUUUCCUUAUACUUUUCUGCACUUGACAUUGUCUGAAUAGUACACGUUUUCCUCACAUAAUGUGUGGUGUCCAUAUGCUUCCUGAUAUCUCUUUUUCUCAUCUAGACUUGUUCAAUGGUGCCUUUUAAAUCAUGUUUCUUUAACUGCAAGCUUCUCCAUGAUGUCAUAAAAUGCAUUUUUUUGGGAUUUCUCUAAAGAGGAGGGGGUAGGGGCACUAGAGAACACUGAUGGUUGGAAUCAUUGUAUUUUUACAUGCUGUUGCUCACUAAUGGUGUUGUGAAAAGCUGAGUCUAUGUGAUAGAGAAGAUUAGUGUACACAGUGAAAUACAUUUUUUGAAAAAUAAAUCA